AAAUCAAAUUAUACUUUGAAAUAUACUCUGGCUGGUCACACAAAAGCAGUUUCUUCUGUAAAAUUCAGUCCUAAUGGAGAAUGGCUUGCUAGUUCAGCUGCUGACAAGUUAAUCAAAAUUUGGGGUGCCUAUGACGGAAAGUUUGAAAAAACAAUCAGCGGUCAUAAAUUGGGUAUAUCUGAUUUGGCUUGGUCAUCCGAUAGCAAACUCAUAGUCAGUGGAUCCGAUGACAAAACACUGAGAGUAUGGGAUGUUGCCAGUGGUAAAUGCUUGAAAACGCUAAAAGGCCACAGCAACUAUGUGUUCUGUUGUAAUUUUAAUCCUCAGUCUAAUCUCAUUGUUUCUGGUUCUUUUGAUGAGAGUGUUCGAAUAUGGGAUGUGAAGACGGGGAAGUGCUUGAAGACGUUGCCUGCCCAUUCCGAUCCUGUUACGGCUGUACAUUUCAAUAGAGAUGGAAGUCUAAUUGUUUCCAGUAGUUAUGAUGGUUUAUGUCGUAUAUGGGAUACAGCUUCUGGCCAGUGCUUAAAGACUUUGAUUGAUGAUGAUAACCCACCUGUCUCAUUUGUCAAGUUUUCACCGAAUGGUAAGUACAUACUGGCUGCGACCCUUGACAACUCUCUGAAACUGUGGGAUUACAGUAAAGGAAAGUGUUUGAAAACAUAUACCGGCCACAAGAAUGAAAAGUAUUGUAUAUUCGCAAACUUUUCUGUUACUGGAGGAAAGUGGAUUGUUUCUGGUUCAGAAGACAACCUCGUGUAUAUAUGGAAUUUACAAACUAAAGAAGUGGUUCAAAAAUUAGUGGGUCAUUCAGAUGUGGUGCUCUGCUGUGCUUGUCAUCCUACAGAGAACAUAAUUGCUUCGGCAGCUCUCGAAAAUGAUAAAACAAUCAAACUGUGGCGAAGUGACAUUUAA